AUGGAUAUAAAAGGGGUUGUUGCUGAGAUUCAAAAGGCCAAAAACACUCCUCUUGUGCAGAAGGUGUUCACUGCAGAGUAUUCUUUAAUAUGCAAAAUUUCUGAGUACAAAAAGCCAUAUGUAUCGUUCAUGGAUGGCAUAACGAUGGGCUUUGGAAUUGGCCUAUCUGGUCAUGGUCGGUACCGGAUUGUAACAGAGAGGACACUUCUUGCUAUGCCAGAAAAUGGUAUUGGCUUGUUCCCAGAUGUCGGCUUUUCCUAUAUAGCAGCAAAAAGUCCAGGAGAAGGAUCAGUUGGAAAUUAUCUUGGAUUGACUGGAAAGAGGAUUUCUACACCCUCUGACGCGCUAUUUAUCGGUCUCGGAUCACACUAUGUUCCAUCUGGGAAAUUAGCCUCACUGAAGGAGGUCCUUUUAGCAGUUACCUUUUCCAACGACCCUCAUCAGGAUAUGAAAGCACUUUUAGCAGAGUAUGGCCAUGACCCUGAGUCUGAGUCCCAGUUGGAGUCACUGUCACCUCAAAUAAUCUCAACCUUUGGUCCAAAUAAGUCAGUGGAGGAGAUAAUUGAAGAGUUGAAAAGGCAUCGGCUGAGUGCUGAUCCUAAAGUGGUGGAGUGGGCAAAUGAUGCUCUUCAAGGCAUUGGAAAAGGUGCUCCUUUUUCUCUUUGCUUGACACAGAAAUACUUUUCUCGAGUUGCGUCUGCCUUUGGUAAAACUGAAAAUGAAUUAUCUACGCUAACUGGUGUGAUGAGAACAGAAUAUCGCAUUGCCCUAAGGUCUUCUCUGCGAAAUGAUUUUGCUGAAGGUGUUAGGGCAGUCUUGGUCGACAAGGAUCAGAACCCAAAGUGGAACCCGGCAAGCUUGGAAGAAGUAGAUCAAAGUGAAGUGGAAUCUCUCUUCAAACCAUUGAGCCCAGAAGUCGAGUUGACAGCAUGA